GGCAGCCACACUGAUAGCGACGCUUGUUUUUUUGUUUCGCGGCAAAUAAUUUUUGUUGGACAAUUUUUCUGUGUUUAUGUGCAAUGGAGGAGGAACACGACUUUCAGUUCAUCUUGCCAUUGAAUCCCACGGAUCUGGUCAACUCCUGCGGCGACCAGUACUACGUCAAGGAGGUGUACAGCAACAAAGACAUACCCGAAAAACUCCUCGAGUGCAAGCGUAGGGUGAACCAGAGCCAGGAUGCCUUCUACAUAUUCGAGACAUUCGACACGUACUUCUCCAUCAUCGAGUCGAGCGGCUUGGAUGCCGCCUCCAUUCGGAACCUGAUGCGUGCCUUCGACCUGCUGUACGUGACUGUCGAAAAGCUGGGCCAGGGCCUCAAAGAGACGCUCAACGACAAGGAGGCGCCCUCGAACCAGACGCGCUCCUCCCAUCUGAAUCUCAGCAAGAUGACGCUCUACCUGCAGGUGAACCUGGUCAAGAAGAUCGACAUGGUGACGCAGCGUGCGAUGUGCGACCAGCAGCUGAACGUGCAGAAGAAGCGCGGCAAGCUGCCAGAGGCCCUGGAGCAGUACCCCGACUGGGAUAUAAAGCGCGGCAAGUUUCUCGUUCAGCUCUUCAAUAUCCUGCAGUUGCCGCUGGAACGGCUCUGGAAUCCGCCCGUGGUCGAAGAGGACUUUAUAUCGAUGCUCUGUGACAUUUGCUACCGCACUUUGGAGCUCAUUCCGAUGCGCAACGACAAUAAGCAUAUUUUUGAUACCCUCUUCCAGAUUUUGGGCACCUGCAUUAAGCGCUUCAACCAUUCCAUGACCUUCCCGGCCCGCAUUCUGCAGAUUCUGCGCGGCACUGAGCACGCCGCCGUGGCAGUGGCCAACGGCAUCCUGACACUGCACGAGGAGUACGGCAUCUCCUCGGUGUUCUCCAUUCUGAUCAAGAGCAUUGUGGUGGCUCUCAAGCUGGACAGCGCCGACACGACGGUGUCCAAGCACUUCUCCGCCUUUCUCUCGGAGUUCUCGAACAUCGCCUCGGGGCUGAUCAUUCCGCACUUGUCGAAGCUCGGGGAGGAGCUGCUCGACUGCCAGUCGCACAUGCUGCGGAACACCGUUCUCCAGAUCAUAGCCGAUGCCGUGAUCAGUGACCUGACCGCCGAGGAUCUCAGCGAUGACAUGAAGGAGGUGCGCAACGAGUUCCUUGACCACCUGUACGACCACAUCCUGGACGUCUCAGCCCAUGUGCGCACCAAGGCCCUGCACAUUUGGGUGCAUCUCAAGACGCAGCAUGCCAUACCGCUCAACUAUCUGUCAAAGGUGGUGGCCGCGGCUGUAGGGCGGCUGGAGGAUAAGAGCUCGCUGGUGCGCAAGGCGGCCAUGCAGCUGGUAAAGUCCACGCUCGAGAGCAAUCCGUUCUCGAGCAAACUGUCGCUGGAGGAGCUCCUGCAGAAGCACACGAAGGAGGUGGAAAUCAUGGAGAAGCUCAACGAAGAGCUGGAGGCGGAGCGCAAGGAGGAGGAGGAGCUCAAUAAGGAAUGGGGCGACAAGGCGCAAGAGAUGUUGCCACAAAUCGAGGAGCAUCUAAACGAAUUUCCCAAUUUGGAGUUUGACAAGGAGGAGACCGACACAGAACUGCUGGAGAAGAUUCUGCCGCUGAUGCGCGCAAAGGACUACAAGAAGGCCAUUAUUCUGGUGCGCAAAGUGGACUUUCUGGCGGGGAACCACGAAAUGAUUGCCAUGCUGAAGUUCGAGGAGAAGGUGGUCUAUGUUCUGGCCCUGCUCAAGACCUACCACCUGCUGGCCGCAGGUCUCAAGCAAAGCAACGAGGAAAUGCUGCGACAGAUCAAGACGGUGCAGUUCCUAAAGGAUAGCAUCGAUUUCGCCACCAUAGUGACGGAUGCCUAUCCCAAGCUGCAGGAUCUGCUCAUGUCCAAGACAAACACGGAUGUGCUGGAGGCCGUGGACCUCUUCACCACCGGCUACAUGUUCGGCAUCUGCGGCACAGAGGUGGGCAUGCAGAAGAUGCUGAUGCUGGUGUGGUCUUCCGACAAGGAGAAGCGCGAUGCUGUCUCCGAGGCCUAUCGCCGGGUGCUCUUCACCACAGACCUCCAAGCACGCGCCCAUGCCAUAAGGGUCGUGCAGAAUCUCUCCAAAUUUCUCGCUGUUAUUGAUUAUGGCCACUACUUGUCGCUGGAGACGCUGGUGGCCGAGUGGGUGAACGCUGGGGAGAUAGACGCGCUCGUCAUUCAGGUGCUGUUCGAGCGCUUCACCUUGAAGCUGGAGGGCACCACAAGCAGCGAGUCACGACUCGCCCUCCAGCUGCUGAUCAUGGCAUCGAAGGCAAAGCACAGCAUUGUCACUGCCAACACGGCCAUCAUCGAGGACAUAGCCGUGGGCGAGCGUGCACGUCGCGAGCCGCGCCUCUUCACCGGCUGUCUGCGUCUGCUGGUGAAUGGCAUCGAUGCCAACAGCAAUGCCAAGUACUACAAGCGCCACAGCACCGAUAUCGCGUUCGUGCAGGAGGUGAAGCGCUUCUUCUUCGACUGUUUCUUCCACCAGAAGCUGAAGGACUUUGAUGGCAUGGCCACCAGCGUGUUUGAGUACAUCUACCGCAUGUGCCAGUCCCCGGAUGUGUUGGCCCAGGAGCUGCUGAAGGAGCUACUCAAGCGUUUCUACAAGAACUGGCUGGUCGCCGCCGCUUCAGUGAUUUCGAAUAAUGCUGCAGAUGCGGAUUUGGAUGCGGACAAGGAAAACGAAAACGAACUGGCACUGGCACUGGAUUCGCCGCCCACUCACAUUCCGUAUUCGCAGUCACUGGCCAUUCCACAGACUCAGAUACCACAGACGCAGGGCAGCCAGAGCACUGGGGGUCGCAUGCCCGUGUUUUUGGUGUCGCGUUUUGUGUUCUGCAUCGGCUACAUGACCAUCAAGGAGAUGAUAUUCCUGGACAUGGAUGUCUACAACAACAUGAAGUACCGCGAGGAGCUCACGGCCCAGCAGGAGAAGGAUACGCGCACCAAGGAGGCGGGCAGGAAGGCCGCCCAGCAGCAGCUGCGCCGCACCAUGAAUGUCUCGGCCGCGGAGGUGCGCAAGCGUUUGUCCAACUCGGCCGCGGAGCCGCAGCAGGAGCCGGACGAGGAUCUGGUGGGGGCCACGGCAGAGGAUAACAUUGCCGAGGAGAUCCAUGCCAUCUGCGAGGACAUGCUGAUGUACGAUCCGAACGGCCUGCUCCACUGGCUGACGCCCGUCAUCAUUGAUAUCUGCAAGAAGCCGGGCGAGUACCGGAAUCCGAAGCUGCAGCAGGCGGCGACCCUCACAUUGGCCCGCCUGAUGUCCGUCUCGUCGCGGUUCUGUGAGUCGAACAUGUCCUUCCUGAUGAACAUCCUCAAUCUGACGACCAACAUGAAGAUCAAGUGCAACACGGUGGUGGGCCUGUCGGAUCUCACCUUCCGCUUCCCGAACAUCAUUGAGCCGUGGACGGGCUACUUUUACGUGCAGCUGCACGAGACGAACACAGAGCUGCGGCUGACGGCCAUCAAGAUGCUGUCGCAUCUCAUUCUGAACGAGAUGAUACGCGUGAAGGCGCAGAUCUCGGACAUGGCCCUGUGCAUUGUCGAUGACAACGAGGAGAUUCAGGACAUCACCAAGGAGUUCUUCAAGGAAAUAGCCAACAAGUCGAACAUCCUGUACAACGUGCUGCCCGACAUCAUCUCGCGGCUGGGCGACACCAAUCUGCGUCUCGAGGAGCCCAAGUAUCGCAUCAUCAUGGCCUACAUUUUGGGACUCAUCCAGAAGGACCGUCAGAUCGAGACGCUGGUGGAGAAGCUCUGCCUGCGCUUCCCCGUGGCCCGCGUCGAGCGACAGUGGCGCGACAUCGCCUACUGCCUGAGCCUGCUGAGCUACAACGAGCGCUCGCUCAACAAGUUGUUGGACAACAUGCAGCACUACCGCGACAAGGUGCAGAACGACGAGGUCUACCAGUCCUUCCGCCUGAUCAUCAGCAACACCAACAAGCUGGCCAAGCCCGAGCUCAAGGCCGCCGUCACCGAAUUCGAGACGCGCCUCAACGAGUGCCUGGCGGUCAACGAUCCCGCCGGCGACGCAGCCGACAGCAGCCAGACCGACGAACCGCGUUCGGCCAACAGGACCAGGGUGGCACCCGGCAACCGAACGAAGAAGGGCGGCCGCAAACCAACUCCUCCCUCUGCUUCUGGCCGGAACACCAGCCGCCGUGGACGCGGCCGGCGAGCUGCCCGCGCUGAGAGCUCCUCCGAUGAUGAUACCCUCAGCAGUGAUAGCGACUGAAUGAUGGAUAUGACUCGUGUUUUAUCCACAAAACUGCAUUUCACAAUAGAUAACUAUUUUAUAUAAA